UUGUGGGUUAUUGCUAGUUGCAUAGUCUUCACUUUGCACAUCUUGCAGCCAACACUAGUCGUUUUAUUAUUAGUUGCAUUCUAGUAUUUUCCUCACAUUGCAUUUAUUCCAGCCAACGCUAGUUACUAUUUCAAAAUGGUACUCUUAACGUUGCUUGGAAUAACUGCUUUAAUUCUAAGAGAAAGGAAGAAGGUCAACAUCACUCACUCAGGUCAAAAAGAAAAUGCAGAGCAGAGUGAUGUACCACCUGUGAAGAGUCCUGAUGGCCGAGAACUCGAUGACCCAGAUACAGUCUGUGCCGUGUCCAGCUGUAAUAAUGACAUCCACCAAUCUACAGUCUGUGCACCAUCCGACUCUUCUGUUGACUUCUCUCCAGCUUCUUUCAGUGCCACAUCCAGCAGUACUGAUAAUGUCCCCCAAGCUACAGUCUGUGCCGCGUCCGGCUGUAAUAGUGACGUCUCCAAUGAUAAUGUCCCCCAAUGUGCAGCCUGUGCUCUAUUAGACAUUAGUGAAGACUUCACCCAAGCUACAGUCUGGUCCGUGUUAGCCAAUGGUGAUGACGUCUCCCAAUGCGCAGACUAUGCUCUGUUAGAUGACAGAGAUGAUGUCCCCCAAGCUACAGUCUGUGCCUCAUCCAGCUGUAGUAAUGACGUCCCCCAAAUUAGGUCCAAAUCAAGUGAUUACGUCUCUUUUUUCACUGCCAUGUCUAGAUUAAGUGAUGAUGUUCCUCCAGCUUUAUUAUCUGUGAUGUCCAAAAAUAGUAAUGACGCCCCUUCAGUUUCACUUCAUGUCUCAUCUGACUGUAAAGAUGACGCCCUUCAAACAUCAGUCCGUUGUGAAGCUGACUUGAGUGUCGACGUCCCUCAGUCUCCAUUUCACGAAACAUUAGACUGUAGAGUCAGUGUCCCCCAAGCUUCAGCCUGUGCAGCGGCCGACUGUAGUGUUGAUGCUCCCCAAGAUCCAGUUUGUCAGACAGAGGACACUGUCCCACCUCAGUCAAGCCAGAUACAAGAGGAUGAGACAGCUAUUGUCAUCAAUUCACGCCGUUAUGAAGUCAAAGGUCAUCUGGGUGAAGGAGGCUUUGGAACUGUUUAUGCAGCGACUCGUUUGGAUGAUGGCCUACAGGUGGCAGUAAAAUUUGCCUCCAUCUGGGACACGAAACUCAUCAGCAUUGACGGCUAUCCUGAACCUCUUCCACUGGAGGUGGCUUUGCAAAUUCUUGCAAAUAAAGGCCCCAGGGUUCAGGAAAUCAUCCAGCUUCUGGACUGGCAGGUGGAGCCUGACUAUUACUUUAUGGUGCUAGAGCGGCCCAUGCCCUGUCAGUCCUUGUAUGAAUAUUUAAAGUGCUACGAGGACACCAUUGAAGAGGACGUGGCACGAGUUAUAAUGCACCAGGCAAUAUUCGCAGCUCGAACAUGCUGCCUGCGUGGAGUGUUUCACCGGGACAUUAAGCUGGAAAACCUUCUGAUUAACCCGGACACACUCCAAGUCAAAUUAAUUGACUUUGGCUGCGGUGCGAUCCUCACCGACGCGGGUUACACGUCCUUUGCUGGCACAACAGAGUACUGCCCUCCAGAGUAUUACAUGACCGACAAGUACCACGGCGAACCAGCGACAGUGUGGUCACUCGGGAUCCUCUUGUUUGUGAUACUUUUUUAUAAAUUUCCAAAGAGACGGGACCUGCAGAAGAUGAAUGGUGAAAGCUGGACCAAAGCUGGCUUUUCGAAAGAAUGCUGUGAUUUUAUUCGCUGCUGUCUACAGAUCGACCCGAAGCAGCGAAUAGAACUGGACAUGCUCAGUCUCCACGACUGGUUUAUGAUCACAGACAAGGAGAAUAACAACAGCACAAUUAUGGACAUCAAUUCAUGCCGUUAUGUGAUGGGCGUUCAGCUGGGUGAGGGAGGCUUUGGAACGGUUCAUGCAGCCACACGUUUGGAGGAUGGCCAACAGGUGGCGAUUAAAUUGGUCUCCAACAGCAAGACGGAGUUCAUCAUCAUUGACGGUUAUUCAAAGCCUCUUCCUCUGGAGGUCGCUCUGUUACUUCUGACAGACGAAGGCCCUCGGGUUCAGGAAGUCAUCCAGCUUCUGGACUGGCGCGUGGAGCCUGACCGCUAUAUUUUGGUCCUUGAGCGGCCCAUGCACUUUGAGGAACUGAAUUGGUUUCUCCUGCAGCGAAUAGUGACCAUUGAAGAGGACGUGGCACGAGUUAUAAUGCACCAGGCAAUAUUCGCAGCUCGAACAUGCUGCCUGCGUGGAGUGUUUCACCGGGACAUUAAGCUGGAAAACCUUCUGAUUAACCCGGACACACUCCAAGUCAAAUUAAUCGACUUUGGCUGCGGUGCGAUCCUCACCGACGCGGGUUACACGUCCUUUGCUGGUAUGUAUGAUCCCUCAAACCUGGAAAGCACUAGAGAGUACUGCCCUCCUGAGUAUCUGACCACCGGCAAGUACCACGGGAAACCAGCUACAGUGUGGUCACUCGGGAUCCUCAUGUUUGUAAUGCUGUGUGGGGAUUUUCCAAAAAGACGAGACCUGCGCAAGAUCAACAGUAACACCUGGAGCAGAGAUGGCUUGUCAAAAGAAUGCUGUGAUUUUAUUCGCUGCUGUCUGCAAAUCGAUCCAAAGCAGCGGAUUGAACUGGAGAAGCUCAGUCUCCACGAAUGGUUUACGAUUGCAGACAAGAAGAAAUGAGGAGGAAAAAAA